UUCCUCCCGGUGCGCAGCUGCUUCCGGGCUCUCAUCAUGGGGGUCUGAGGAGCAGCGCUGGCCGCCUGCGUCCUCCCUUCCCGACCCUCGCCUGUCAGUCCCCAGUGCUGCAGUCGGCCACCUCUCCGUCUCCUCUCGGCCCAGUCUCUGCGAAGUGGCGCCAGCCUCCCCGGGGAGCGGCCGGGGGAGGCGCCGGGUUCAUGUUCCGGGUCGCUGAACCUACCCCGACCCGAGCUCAGGCGGCGAGAAAGAGCUGGCAUUUCAGCAGGACUAUGGAGGAGCUGGUUCAUGAUCUAGUCUCAGCACUGGAAGAAAGUUCAGAGCAAGCCAGAGGAGGUUUUGCUGAUACAGGAGAUCAUUCUCGAAGCGUUUCUUGUCUUUUGAAACGACAGGCAAGGAAAAGGAGGGGACGAAAAAGACGUUCAUUUACCACUCAUCAUCCUUGGGAGACUGGUCACUGCUUAAGUGAAGGUUCUGAUUCCAGUUUAGAAGAGUCAAACAAAGACUACAGGGAGAAUCAUACUAAUAAGAAAGACCACAGUGACUCUGAUGACCAGUUGUUGGUUGCUAAACGUCGGCCUUCCUCAAACUUAAACAACAUUAGAGGCAAAAGAUCCCUGUGGCAUGAGCCAGAUUUGGCUGUGGACAGUUUGGGAAACAGAACUUUGCGCAGGAGAAGAAAGGUAAAACGGAUGGCAAUAGAUCUGCCAUCUGAAGUCUCUAAUGCACUGGCAAUAACUCAACAGCAGGAUAACAGCAGAGAUCAAGAAAUGGACAAUAAUAAUAAAUCAUACCAACACCAAGAGUUUUCCAAGAGCAAAGUGAAAAAAAGAAAAGUAGCUGCAGCUCGACAAGGACCAGAAAUCUUGGAUGAAGGAGUGGUUAUAGAAAAUGAAGAAGUGAACCAAGCAAAUAAGGACAAAAUGGAGUAUGAGGAGCAAAAAGGCUCAGAUGAGAACAUGAGUGACAGUGAAUCCAGCAGUCUGAGCAGCAGUGAUGCUGGAUUGUUUACCAAUGAUGAGGGAAGACAAGGUGAUGAUGAGCAGAGCGAUUGGUUUCAUGAAAAUGAAUCCGGUGGAGCAUGUGGAAUUACAGGGGUCAUUCCAUGGUGGGAACAAGAAGACUCUACUGAACUGGAAAGAGAGUUGCCUGAUCCAGUCUUUGAAAGUAUCUUAACUGGUACUUUCCCUCUGAUGUCCCACUCAGGGAGGAGAGGUUUCCAGAACAGAUUUAGUCAUCUUCAUGGAAUGCCAACAAGAAACAUAAAAAAGGCUUCAGGAAACCAGAAUGCCAUGAUAACUCCAGGAGCAGGCAGUAGCAGGAAAACAGUUCACUUGUCCCAGGAUUCUCUUCACCAUGACCACUGGUUUAGCCCUGGGGCUAGGAAGGAGCACAACCAGCUUCAACUCCUGCGCGACAACCGCUCAGAGAGAGGACACAAGAAGAGCAGCUCUGUGAAAACAGCUAGCAGACAAACCAGCGUACAUUUAGGAUCGUUGUGCAUGGGAGACAUCAAACGGAGAAGGAAAGCUGCUCCCCUGCCAGGACCCACAGGGUUUGUAGGUGAAAACACCCAACCAAUCCCAGAAAACAACAUUGGAAACAGAAUGCUUCAGAGCAUGGGCUGGACCCCUGGCACAGGCCUCGGACCAGACGGCAAAGGGAUAGCAGAGCCAAUACGAGCCAUCCAGAGACCAAAAGGACUCGGACUUGGAUUUAGCUGACAGAAAUGCACUCUGGCUGCCCAAGACAAAUAAAGCUCAACGUUAGUUUUAAAAAGACAAGAGGAAAAAACAUAAUGAAAAGGAAAUGAAAAAAAAUCAACCCUAUUAUUUGUUGUGAUCAGCAAGUCCAGUUACUCUUCUCUCAAAGAUCACUCAAGUCGAUGUGCUUCACAUUAGCUACACCAGCUGUAAGGUACAACCACAGUGAUAGAACUGGCAUACAAGUCUAACUUUAUUAUGGUGCUAAAAUGUACAAAAACUUCUUGAGUCUUUUUUUUAUUAUUAUUAUUAUUUUUCUGUGGUCUUAAAGUUUGUAUUAAGCGUAAAAUUCAGUAUGUUGAUGUUUUGUUCAUAAAAGCUUCCAAUAUAGGAAGUUUUAGUAUACAAGCAAAUUAUUUUUGUUUAAAUAUAAUUUCAUCUCGAGAGCCUUGGCAAGAUUUCUCAAGGAAAAUAGUACUUUUCUGCAUCUCUUUUGUUUUCUUUCUUUUCAGGCAAAGUUUCCAAACCUAGCAUUUCUCGUGUUUAACAGUAUUUGAGGAUAAGCUGUCAUUUUGCCCAUAAGAGAUACAGUUUUCCCCACUGGAAGGUGAUAUGGUAUGCAAUUUUGUAUAAGAGCAUGAAAAAUGGUUUUGUUGUCAUAGGAAUGCUGUUCCAACACCAUUAUCUGGCAAUGCAUCGCUGUCUCCCACGUUCAGACUCAAAAGUUAAGCUUUUAUACUUGUUUUUACAUUUACAGGAUUAUCUUUUUCAGCAAGUAUUUUGAAAGGUUAAAGUUUAUUCUGACUUUGGAUUUCCCUUUUAUAUUCAUAAUCCUCAGUGUCUCCACAUUUAAGAACAGUUUGGGCUUUGAACCAGGAAAUUGUAUUUUGAAGAUGACUGUCUUUCAGUGUUUAUAUUCUGGGUUUGGACAUAUUUUAAACAAUGCAGUGUUCAACACGGUGUUAUCAUUUGGUUUGUGAUCGUGCUGGUGCCAAUGAGCCACAACCUUUAAAGACUGUGAACAGAAAAAGGGCAAGGAGAAGCAGGAUUAGGGUGAAGGAAAGGAAGGAAGAAAAGAUACUUUGAUGGCAUCUCGCAAAUCUAAGCUAGCAAUUUAAAAUCAAGAGAGAUCAUUAAGUGUUUUAAUCAGUAUCCUAAUGUAUCUAAUGUCAGCAGAAGCAAUUUCAUUAAGCACCAACCAAUCAAGCUCCUAGGGUACUUAUUGGUCUGCAAUAUAAAACAAAUUCUACUUUAAAAUUAAGCGAUAGGGCUGAAGGAAACUGUUGUUCAGACAGGCUAAGGAGAAAAUCUUGCCCCCCUCCUCACACACUCCUGUAGCAGCUGGCAAUAAAUACUGUGACUGCAGAGGGUACAGGUUUUCAUUCUCCAAUCUUUCUCUCUUCCCCAAACUGUAGAGAAAAAUUCCUGCUUCCAGAUGUUUGCAAAGAUAUUUCCUUAGACUGAAAAGAGCACAGCUUCCUUCAUGUGAGUGAAACACAGGGAUUCAGUUUAGGAAGUGAGUUUAUUACUUUUACUUUCCCUCAACUUAACAUACUUUUACAGAAAAGAACACUAAGAAAAGAAGUAGCAGCAACAUUAUAGCACUGAAUUUGCUUGCAAGAAAUGUUUAUGCUUUCUGCUGUGAGAGUACCACUGGUUCGAGAGCAUUGUUUCACCAUACACAUGGUGUAGAGUAAAAGGUUGGUACCUGAUACUGUUUUUAAUGAUAGCUGAAUGCACAUAUUCUCUGAGUUUCAGAAGAAUUAUUUAUUGCUGUUUAAAGACUUGAUAUGAUUGUGUGGUUUUGCUUUUAUUAUAAGAAAUUUUAAACUUGGGAUUUAUAAUCAACACACAUACUUUUUAUUGGAAGGGUUUGGGGGCAUAGCAUAGUGUGCGUUGCCACUACAGAUGUCUCUUGCACAAUUAAACUGAGUUCAGUACAUUCCACAUCCAAAGAAUUUCAGGGCCACAUAAUUGCAAAGGGCUGAGAGCCUGAAAUUCUGCAGCUAACAAAGAUGCCCACCUGUGUAAAUGUUAUUUACAGUAGUGAAAGCAUGUGACACAUUCCCAUUCUUUCAAUCCAGUGUGCUACUGAGGGCAAGUGAGUUUUAAGGACCUCUUUGUAUUGUACACCACAAUCAAAAGCUCCUGAAAAUUGUUUCUACAGUGUGAAUUGUCAGAGUGAAUCUUUAGGGUCAAGUUGUUCUAGCUCUGUUUGCAAAAAUGUAAAGGAAUAUUCAUUCUCUGUUAAAAUUCCAUUGUUCUGCUUUGAUUGCAAUACCCACAUAUCUCAGGCUAUAAAUUCUAAGUAAGUAUGGCACAGGUAACAUGAAAUAUUUCAUGUAUGAAAUAUUUCUGUACAAUUUACUGCAGCAGUCAGUCUGCAGCUCCAAAAGUACUUGAAAAUGUUUCAUACUGAAAAAAAAAAUGAGAGGGAAGCAAUGCAUAGGUGUGGAGAGAAACCUUCUGUAGCCCAUUCAAUUCUGUAUUCAUCCAUUCUUACAGAUGGAAUGAAGCAGCCAACCUGGUAAACAACCAUAACAGGAGAACUAUUUAGUUUGGUUGGGAAAGUUAGAGAUUUUUGUUUCAAAUCAGUUUAUUAGUGAGAAACUAUUAGAUUUAUUUUCCCAUAGAAGUAGACACACUUUGUUUUCCACAGCUGACAGUCAACUUUAUCUUCAAGUCUGUCCUCAUAGGAGAGGUGCUCUAUCCCUCUGAGCAUCCUCGUGGCCAUUCUCUGGACAUGCUCCAGCAUCUCCACAUCCCUCUUGUAAUAACUUUAUCUGUUAGGAGCUGCUAGAAAAAAAAAUAUACAUUAAAAUAUUUUAAUGUAGUGUCUUGAGAUUCUUUUAAUUGCAGUAAAAUUCAGUUAUCAUUUCAUUUGUUUUUCCAGAUGUCAUUGAAGUGGUUUUAAAUAUACUCCAGUAGUGUGAUUUUGUACAUUUAUAACUAAAAAACAAAAAUAAGUUAUACAGGUUUUCCUUUCUAAGACAUCUCAGUGUAAGUUGGCUUUGAAACAGGUCAAAGUACUUGGAUUUAUUGCUGGGUUUUUUCUUCAGGUUUUUCCCAUAUCUAACUUGCAGUCCUACUGUAAUACCUGCUAUAAAGCUGGCUGACAUUAUUUUAAAACACAUAUACAAGUAUUUUCAGGUAAUAAUUCUUAGUGACUGUGACACUGAAGGGUUUUUUGCCUACAUUAAAAAAUGUGGGACCAUCUAGUAUCUAAAAGUUACUAUUCAUCAUUUGACAGAUUCCUUCCAUUUAGAUGUUUGAUUAAUCAGUAGCUCAGCUGUUACCAUAAUAUCCUUCCUCUGCAGAAUGUCUUGGGAAGAGACAUUACAUAUGAUCAGCGUUACAUUCUGCUACAUGUUCCACGGUGUCUCAGAGUUUUGUGAAUUGAGCCAUUACCUGUUGACAAAAGAGACUCAUGAGCAGUGGCUUCUUUUAAAGUAAGUAUUUCUCAAAGUCAGAGAAGCAUUAUCAGUAUGCUCAUUUUAACAAGUUUGUCUCUGCAUUUGUCUUUCUGCAAUUAGGUCAUUAAUGGGUGUAGAAUGGCAGUAAAUAGCUAAAUAAUAUGUAUAGAAUGCUUUGCUUUAACACACAAAUGCGAGAUAAAAUAAAAUAGAUUCUGUUCUGCA